UGAUCCGGAGCGGCGGACUACUUUUCCCGGCGUGCCCGGCCAGCCGGCCGGCCGGCGCCUGGAAGAGGCGGGGCAGAGCGAGGCAGAGGAGCGUCGCGGGGAUGGCGGAGCUGCGAGUGUUCCCCUUGGCCUGCGCCGUGCAGAACUACUCUUGGGGCAAACUGGGCCAGGACAGUGAAGUGGCCAGCCUCCUGGCAAGCAGUGAUCCAAUGAUCCACAUCGAAGUGGGCAAGCCCUACGCGGAGCUCUGGAUGGGCACUCACCCCAAAGGAGACGCCGUGAUUCUAGAUAACCGCAUUCCCCAGAAGACCUUGCGGCAAUGGAUCGCGGACAACCCCGACUGCCUGGGCACCAAGGUCAAGGAGGUCUUCCAAGGCCAGCUGCCCUUCUUGUUCAAAGUGCUGUCUGUUAACUCAGCCUUGUCCAUCCAGGCUCACCCCACCAAGGAGCUGGCAGAGAAGCUUCAUGCCCAGUAUCCAGAGCACUACCCAGAUGCCAACCACAAGCCGGAGAUGGCCAUCGCCCUGACGCCCUUCGAGGGCAUGUGUGGCUUCCGGCCUGUUGAGGAGAUUGUGUCUUUUCUCCAGAACGUUCCUGAAUUCCGGGCCCUGAUUGGGAAUGUGGCGGCGGAGCAGCUGGAACGCAGCGUGGGCGAAGACCCCCGGGGUGUCUCUGCCGCACUGCGCAUCUGCUUCACCCGGAUGAUGAAGAGCGAGAAGAAGGUCUUUGUGGACCAGCUUAACAUGCUGGUGAAGCGGAUUUCUCAGGAAGCAGAUGCAGGGAAAGAUACUUCGGCCAGCUGUGGGGAGCUCCUCCUCCGCCUCCACUCCCAGUACCCCGGAGACAUUGGCUGCUUUGCCAUCUACUUCUUGAACCUGAUGAAGCUGCAGCCCGGGGAGUGCAUGUUCCUGGGUGCCAAUGAACCCCACGCCUACAUCUACGGAGAUUGCAUCGAGUGCAUGGCCUGCUCUGACAACACGGUGCGUGCUGGCCUGACGCCCAAGUUCAUUGACGUCCUCACGCUGUGCGAAAUGCUCAACUACACGCCGGCCCCUGGCAGCUCCAAGCUCUUGAGCCCCGUCCAGAGCCGCCUGGACCCUUGUGUCUACCUCUACGACCCACCUGUCCCAGACUUCUCUGUCAUGAGGAUAGAGAUUCCUUCCUCCAUCAAGCUGUACCUCAUUUCGGCCAUCGACUCAGCCAGCAUCCUGUUGGUGGUACAAGGAACUGCUGUCGGGACCUCCACUGCGGCCGCUUCAGAAAUGGCUGUCCGCCGUGGCUCUGUGCUCUUCAUCUCCGCCAACGAGAGUGUCUCCUUGCACCUGUCUGCACCUGAUGGGAUGCUGCUCUUCCGAGCCUGCUGUCUUGUAUAAUGUGGGGUGCUUGGCUCUUUCUUCUCUUGCUGAGACUCCAGUAGAAACGGCUGUGUGUCCUCUGCACAGCCAGUUACUCCCCUGACCCAUCAAACCACUGUGUCAAAAGCCCAAAGCAUUGGCGCUCACCCCUGUAUGGUGGGCCCUCGUUUCCCACACAGCUUGACUCUAUCCAGGGAGAACCCUCCUGCUCCUGUAACGGUUGCUGUAAAACAUGGGGCUGGGAAUUCUCCUGUAGACCUUGUCGUUUUUUAAAAAAACCUGCCAUCUCCACCUUGUGCUAGACCGUUCUGCUUUUGAGGGGUAGCGGUCUGCACACCCUGAACUUUAAAAAUGCUGUAAAACUUAGGAAACCA